ACAGUUGUUGAUAAUACAGGAUGAGGUAGAAGAUUCCAAGUAUAAUAUCAUUUAUUAAGAUCGGGAAUACAAUUUAAAAAAAAAAAGAGGGAAAAAAACCAGGAUGUCUUAACAAGGUUCUUUCAUCAGUUGCAACCAUCAUGUACGUGAGUUAUCUUUUGGAUAAAGAAACCAGCAUGUAUCCAGGAUCCAUAAGGUGCAACAACAACCUACCAGUGCAAAAUUUUGUCUCCACUCCAUCCUAUUCAGAUUACAUGGGAUAUCAUCAUGUGCCAAGUAUGGACAACCAUGGACAGUCUUCGGGAGCUUGGGGAUCUCACUAUGGCACGCAAAGGGAGGAUUGGAAUACUUAUGGCCCAGGACCCUCCAGCAUAGUUACUGCUGCACAAAUCAAUGGCUCGUCUCCUGGGCAGGUCUCCUACAGCUCUGCUGAUUACAAUUCCCUGCAUCCUGCUGGAUCUGGAGUUUUACCUCCUGUAGAUACAAUUAACGCAGAGCAAAUCUCUCCCAACAGUCAAAGGCACAGCUCUUAUGAAUGGAUGAGAAAAACACAAUCUACUACCUCAGGUAAAACAAGAACAAAAGAAAAGUACCGAGUUGUUUACACAGAUCACCAGAGACUAGAAUUAGAAAAGGAGUUUCAUUGCAACAGAUACAUUACAAUAAGGAGGAAAUCUGAACUUGCAGCAAACCUGGGACUAUCUGAGAGACAGUCGCAACAAAAUGGUGACCCAGAAGAGAUCUACAGCAUCACGCUCAGUUCAGCUAUCAGCAGACAGAAUGAAAAUGGAGAAUGCAAAUAGCAAUAAAACAUAAUGUCUAUGUAUUUUUUUGUUUUUGAUUUAUUAAUAUUAUUUUCUGUGGGCCAUAUCUGCCUUUGAUCUAUGUGAAUACAGUGCCUGGACUGAGGGUCUUAUAUACCCCUGGAUAGUCAGCGUUUUUUUCACCGCUGCUUUACAUUCCACAGGUAGCACACAGGUUACUUUAAACCAGAAGUUUUAGGGACAAAUUCUUAUCCCUAUGCACAGCUCAGGGCCCUGAUUCAGAAAAGCACUCAAGCACACACCUAAAUUUAUCUCUAACAUUAAGCAUAUGAUUAAAUGCUGUCCUGAAUAUGGAUGUUUCGCUGCAAUGGAGCCAAAGUAUGCAGACACUGUUCAGGGGAAAUCUAUAGGGAUUCAGAGUGGGGAAUUCCCCCCAGAAAUCACUAGAUUGGAUACAGCACCUGUGGAGCACAGCUCUGUGGUGUAUGGGGUCCCAGAAUCCCACCCCUCCUUGACAGGGGCAGCUCUAUAUUUUUUGCCACCCCAAGCACCGCAGUCAGGCGGCCUUCGGCGGCACACCUGCGGGCGG